GAAUAGUGUCCCCCCUCCUAUGCCUUCCCCCAUCUAAAAGAAGGUUGCCCUAAUUCUAGCCCCUAGUUUUUCCCCUCCCCAGCAGCCGCCGCGCGCUGCUCCCUCCGGCCACUGCCUCCCUCCAUUGCCGCCGCCGCUCCCCUCCGCCGUGCUCGACGGCGGUUGGCGGCCCCUACUGUCCCUUCCCUCCCCCGGCCUCCCCUUAACCGUCGGGCGCCGGCAUCAUCGCUGUGGCCACCCGCACUGAGCAGCGCGUGCCGGCUAGGCUUUCACGGUUCACCCCUCAUCAUCUCAGUUUCUCUCCCCCGUUCCCUUCUCUCUCAGUCUCUCUUGGUCUUCCUUUCCUGGUGGCGACGACUGGUCGAGCGGCGGCGCUACUCGGUCUUCGCCGGGCCCUUUGCUGGCGACGAACACCCACCAGGAAAAUGUCGUCUAAUCCUGAUGGAGGCAAGAGCUUUGCUCGCAGAGACUUCUUGAUCACAAUUCAAUCAGAGGCUCAAAAGCUCUGGGAUGAGAACCGGGUUUUUGAGGCUGAACCAGGCAAUAGUCGUCCGGGACCUGGUGAAAAAUUCUUUGGCAACUUUCCGUAUCCUUACAUGAACGGAUUGUUACAUUUGGGCCAUGCCUUCUCACUGUCCAAGCUUGAGUUCGGUGCUGCGUACCACAGACUGCGGGGUUCCAACGUCCUUUUGCCGUUUGCUUUCCAUUGUACUGGAAUGCCUAUCAAGGCCUCAGCAGAUAAGCUUGCAAGGGAGAUUCAGCAAUAUGGUAAUCCUCCAGUGUUUCCUGCUGUAGAGGAUGAAGUCAGCUCGGAAGUAGCAGAUAGCCAGGCUGACCAGGCUGUUGCCCCAGAUAAAUUUAAGAGCAAGAAAUCUAAGGCUGCUGCAAAGACUGGUGUGCAGAAGUUCCAAUGGGAGAUCAUGAGGGGCUUUGGCCUGUCAGAUAAAGAAAUUGCUAAAUUCCAGGAUCCAUAUCACUGGUUGACAUACUUCCCUCCAUUGGCGAAGGAGGACCUUAAGGCUUUUGGCCUGGGAUGUGAUUGGAGGCGGUCAUUCAUAACGACUGAUAUGAACCCGUUCUAUGAUGCUUUUGUCCGGUGGCAGAUGAGAAAGCUGAAGAAAAUGGGCAAGGUUGUUAAAGAUAUGAGGUAUACAAUCUACUCUCCAUUGGAUGGCCAACCUUGUGCUGAUCAUGAUCGAGCAACAGGUGAAGGUGUGCUGCCACAGGAAUAUGUGUUGAUCAAAAUGGAGGUGAUCCCACCUUUCCCUCCCCAGUUGAAGGCCUUAGAGGGGAAGAAAGUUUACUUAGCUGCAGCUACACUGAGACCUGAGACUAUGUAUGGGCAGACAAAUUGUUGGGUACUACCUGAUGGAAAGUAUGGGGCCUUUGAGAUCAAUGAUACUGAUGUCUUCAUUCUGACUGCAAGGUCUGCACUUAAUCUCGCAUAUCAAAAUCUAUCAAGGAUCCCACAGAAGCCAACAUGCUUGGCUGAAAUAUCUGGAAAUGAUCUGAUUGGUUUGCCACUGAAGUCUCCUCUUGCCUUCAAUGAAAUCAUAUAUGCGCUACCUAUGAUGACCAUCCUAACAGAUAAAGGGACUGGUAUUGUGACCAGUGUUCCAAGUGAUUCGCCAGAUGAUUUCAUGGCGCUGCAAGAUUUAGUCACAAAACCAGCUCUGAGAGGGAAGUUUGCUGUGAAAGAUGAGUGGGUUCUUCCAUUCAAAGUUGUUCCAAUAAUCAAUAUCCCUGAAUUUGGAGACAAGUCAGCUGAGAAGGUGUGCUUAGAUCUUAAGAUUAAGAGCCAGAAUGACAAGGAGAAGCUUGCCGAAGCAAAGCGGAUGACAUAUUUGAAAGGAUUCACUGAUGGAACUAUGAUUGUAGGAGAGUUCAAGGGCAGAAAAGUUCAAGAUGUGAAACCAUUGAUAAAGAACAAGCUCCUGGAAGAAGGCACUGCAGUGUUGUACAGCGAGCCUGAGAAGAAGGUAAUGUCAAGAUCUGGUGACGAGUGUGUUGUUGCUCUCACAGACCAGUGGUAUAUAACAUAUGGUGAGGCUGAAUGGAAGCAGAUGGCAGAGAAAUGUUUAGAAAAUAUGAAUACAUUCUCAGCUGAGGCUCGCAAUGGUUUUGAGCACACUUUGGGCUGGCUGAACCAGUGGGCCUGUUCACGUUCUUUUGGUCUAGGGACUCGUAUUCCAUGGGAUGAGCAGUUCCUUGUGGAAUCUCUUUCAGAUUCGACCCUAUAUAUGGCCUAUUACACCAUCGCACAUCUUCUGCAAAAUGGCAAUAUGUAUGGCAAAGAGAUAUCUGCUAUCAGGCCAGAACAAAUGACAGAUGAUGUCUGGGAGUAUGUGUUCUGCAAUGGUCCAGCACCAAAAAGUGACAUCCCUCCUACCCUUUUGAGAAAAAUGAAGCAGGAAUUUGAGUACUGGUAUCCCUUUGAUAUCCGGGUUUCUGGUAAGGAUCUUAUCCAGAACCACCUGACGUUCUGCAUUUACAACCAUACAGCAAUUCUACCGGAACACCAUUGGCCCCGUGGCUUCCGUUGCAAUGGGCAUCUUAUGCUCAACUCUGAGAAGAUGUCCAAGUCGACAGGGAAUUUCCGUACUCUCAAGCAGGCCAUUGAAGAAUUCUCACCGGAUGCCACUAGGUUUGCGCUUGCUGAUGCUGGUGAUGGUAUGGAUGAUGCAAACUUUGUCUUUGAAACCGCAAAUGCUGCUAUCAUGAGGCUUACAAAGGAAAUUGCAUGGAUGGAAGAGGUGGUAGCUGCUGAAUCUUCUCUGCGAGCUGGGCCUCCAUCUAGUUAUGCUGACCGCGUUUUUGCCAACGAGAUAAACAUUGCAGUCAAGGAAACUGAGAAGAGCUACAAUGCCUUCAUGUUCCGAGAUGCACUGAAGUCUGGAUUCUAUGACCUGCAGCUGGCUAGAGAUGAAUACAGACUCUCCUGUGGAGCGGCAGGCAUGAACCGUGAUUUACUUUGGCAAUUUAUGGAUGUCCAGACGAGGCUUAUCACCCCCAUCUGUCCACAUUACGCAGAGCAUGUGUGGCAAAAGAUCCUGAGGAAAGAAGGCUUUGCAAUUAAAGCUGGGUGGCCAGUGGCAGACACCCCAGACCCUACUCUAAGAAUUGCAAACAAGUACCUGCAAGAUUCUAUAGUUUUAAUGAGGAAGCUGCUUCAGAAGCAAGAAUCUGGUUCCAAGAAACCCAAGAAGGGAGCUCAACCUGCUCCUCCGACAGAGAACAAGAUGAGCAUUGGUCUUAUAUAUGUGAACGAGCACUUCUAUGGCUGGAAAGAGCAAUGCUUGAAGGUGCUCCAGUCUAAAUUCGACAGUCAAGCACAUUCCUUUGCACCAGACCAGGAGAUUAUAGAAGCUCUGAAGAACUGUUCCAUUGGUCAGGAAGCAAACUUCAAACAAGUUCAGAAGCUGUGCAUGCCUUUCAUCAGGUUCAAGAAAGACGAGGCUAAGGAGGUUGGACCUCAGGCUUUGGAGUUGAAGCUUCCUUUUGGUGAAACAGAUGUUCUACAGGAGAACCUGGAGCUGAUCAGAAGGCAAUUGGGCCUUGAGCAUGUAGAGGUGUUGUCAGCAUCUGAUGAAGCUGCCCGUUCUAAAGCUGGCAAGUAUGCGUCUCUACUAAACCAGAACCCGCCGUCUCCUGGCGAGCCAGUUGCAAUCUUCAUGAGCAAGCAGGAAUUUGAAGCCCAAAAUUAAGUUGAUCAGAGGUAGCUUUUGACUGAAGAAACAAGUUCCAGGCGCCGUCGCCGAGGGUCUUGGCCACGUCCAGGCGGUGCAGCUUCAAGGGGUCGUGCCAAUCACGUCCAGGGGCAGCGCCGCCAGUCAGGGCAGCGGCACUAAACAUCUAGGGCAUCAAGAGCUGAUUGAUCAUGGUGGAAUCGGAAGAGAAUAAGGGAAUUGAAUGACGUGGAUCUAGUUUUGAAUAUAGCCAUCACAUUUUACCUAGUCUCUUGGACUAUCUUAUAGAAUUAGGUGCUUUUCUAUUUUUACAAAAGGCCUACAAUCUUCAAAUUUAGCUAACAAAAUACAUGAGCUCUUGGAGAUGCUCUUACAGCAGUGGAUGAAGCUUAUUUUUAUGUAUAACACCAAUUUUGUUUGA